UAUUUCGAAAAAUAAAAAAAAUAAUUAGAUUAAUCUCCACAUACAACCUAUUGGAAACGUUUCCUACCUUUCCUAGACACCCAAAUACUCCUUGGGAAACGAGGAUCACUGGUCACAAUGGCACAUAAAAUGUCAAAGUGAGGUGCUGCAGCCCAUAUUCGCUCAGAGAACAACACUUGGACCACAGGUAAUUCGCGCUAUGGCUCCUAUUCCCAAAACUCCGCGGACUCCCAGAACUCCCAGAACUCCCACGAAAUCUUUGAGAACUCCCAAGUCGAUCUUGAAGACGCCGAGGUCUUUGAAGGCGCCGAGGACCUUGAAGACGCCCAGGAGAUUGAAAGCGCCCAUGGGAAGAUCCUCAAAGACUCCUCGUGCCAACGCCAAACCCCUGACGAUUGGCGACAUGGUCUUUGAGGCUGUGGAGGCUCUGAACGAUCGGAGGGGCGUCUCUCUCCACGCAAUCAAGAAGUAUCUCCGGGACAACAAGAAAGUCGACACCGAAGCGAAAGCAGUCUUCAUCAAGAAGUAUCUCAAAGCCUUCGUGGAGGAAGGGAAUCUGGUGCAAGUUGCAGGCACGGGCGCCAACGGAACUUUCAAACUGCCUGGCAAGAAAGCCAGUUCGGAAAAGCUGUCUGGAGGCUCCAAGGCCGUCGUGAAAGUUGCGAGCAGACCGAAAGUUGGCAAAAUAGCAGGAAGGCCAGUGCAGCGUUCCUCUAAAAUAUCGGAUAAAUACACGAACGUGCCAAGGAAGAUUUUAAAAGGAAAAAUUGGUAUGAAACGCUAGGCAUGUAAGUAACAUAAAAAGUUAUUGAUAUAUGGUCCCUCUCCGCAAGAAAUUGGCUGAAUAAAUGAGUUUUUACGAAAGCGAUGAUUAUCAUUGGCAAUAUAUUUUGAAUGUCUAUAGUUGAUAGUACUCAUGGUUAUUAAAAAGAACUAUGUGUU